CCUCGGCCCGCGACGCGUAGGCUGUCCCAGUGAGUGAGUGCCCACCUCUCCACGCAAGGCUAACUUCAAAACUUUGCCUGGAGUGAAAAAUGCGGGGAGAAAUACGUCAACGUUAGUUCAAGAGAGUGGGAAAAAGUUUUCAAUCGCCCCGAUUGUUGGCCCACAGCGGGGUGAUUUGAGGGCAGGCCGAAAACGCAAACUGUAGGAUGUGGAUCUGGUAUCUCUUGCUUGGUUCGGGAUCGGGCACAAGCUCGGUUGACAGCCAGAUCCUUCCUGCAAACACCACCAUGGAGUGUAACAUUCCGGGGAUCUUCAUGUGCGGAGAUGGGAAGUGUAUCCCUGGAGGCUGGAAGUGCGACGGUUUUCCUGACUGCUUCGACUCCAGUGACGAGAAAGGAUGCCCGAAGGUCAGGUCCAAGUGUGCGCCCACCUUCUUUGCGUGUGCCAACGGGAUGCACUGCAUCAUCGGACGCUUCCGCUGCAACGGCUUCAAUGACUGUCCGGACGGCAGCGACGAGGAGAACUGCACGGGGAAUCCUCUGCUGUGCUCGGCAGCGCGUUUCCACUGUAGGAAUGGCCGCUGUGUGGACCGCAGCUUCCUCUGCAACGGGGAGAACAACUGCCAGGACAACACCGACGAGGAAAACUGCCUCACCACCGAACAGGCCCCAGGGGAGGACGUGGUAACCCUGGACUACCGGCUCCGCUACUACCCCAGCAUCACCUACGCCGUCAUCGGCAGCGCCGUCAUCUUCGUCCUGGUGGUGGCGCUGCUGGCCCUGGUGCUGCACCACCAGCGCAAGCGCAGCGUGCUGCUGCCGCGCGCGGCCCGCGUCGGGGCCAGAGGCGGCCCGCACCACCAGCCCCUGCUGCUGUCCCGGUUGUUGAUCGUGGAGCGCGGCCACCACCACCACGGUCACCAUCAUCACGGGCCCGCAGGGGGGCAUUCUCUGGGCUCCAGCCCCACCUCCACCUCCACCUCCCCACCCACAAGCCUGCAGCUGCUCGCCACCGCCCUCUACCCGCCCUCGCCGCCGUCGCACGCACCGCCGUCGUACUCGCAGGCUGUGCUGGAGGCCAGUAGGCCUCCAUGGUUCGACCUGCCUCCUCCGCCUUACCUACCCGAUGGGGAAGCAUCAAGCGACAGAGAGCUCCCCCGCUAUGAGCCCCCCCAGCCCCCAACAUCCAGAGAGCCCCCCCACAGGAUGGACCGGCCCUCCACAGAGGAGAGCGAACCACUGUAGGCCUGCACAGCACUGGCUGCAGACAGACAGAAAGACUCAGACACUGACAGACAAGGGUACAGACAGAGGAGGCGAGAGACUUGCAGGCAAAGAGACGUUUUGUCUCCAACCCCCAUAGACAUAAGAAAUAUAAUGUCUGUGGCAAACCCUACUAGACAGCUCCCUCUAGUGGAGAUCUGGAGGGGUGACACAUCCCAUAUCCUCUUGUCUGUCCCCAUCAAACACUCACUUUCUGGCCAUCUCAUCUGCUCAAAACCCAGGAGACACAGUAGAGUGGACAGUAUGAUGUGCAGUCUUGGUCCUGCCUGAAGGAGGACAUGGUGGCUUUAUGCACCAACAUCAAGUGGAACCAUCCGGAUGAACUCUCCUAUGCAGACCUGGCUGAUGGGGUGUCAUACCAGAGCAGAUGACUAACAGUCUGACUGAUGAAUGAUUUGUGUAUACAGAGAUGCCCUUAGCCAACAGAUCGUUUUCAGCUCUUUUCCAUUUUUUUUGUCUUUCCUUCAAAGGGGACUAUGCAACUGUGAACUGUGUGAUGAUCAUUCUGUAAGAGAGUUUAUGUUGUAUAUUUGUGUAUAGUUACUACAAAAGUCAUCUAACUUUCAGCUGUGUCAGCAGAGUGAAUAUGACGUUUCAGGACUGACCAAAUGUAUCAUGUCCCAUUCAACUCACAACCUAAGUACUUCCUUCCCAUUUCAACUGUCUACAGUUUCAAUACUAUGAGUAGAGCCCUGCCCUAUCUGCAAUCAUUGUGGAUAUAUCACUGCAUUUGUAGCAGUAGGUGGACUCAUGCCCCCACACUAAAGAGUCAUCUUGGAACGGCUAUUUUUGGUGUCACAAAUUGUCCAACAAAGGCACUUGUACUUGUUCUAUGAAAGCCUUAAGGAGGUCUUGGAAGAUCUCGAGGGUUUUUUUUGCUCUCUUGCCUACAGUUUGUUUGUGUGUGACCUUCCAAAUGUGGCUCAGUGGGCCGACAUGGCCCGGACGGUCCUCUGUUUGGUCACUUCUCCAUUUAUCAUUUUACAUCGGCAAGAUUUCAGUUUAGUUUGCUCUCCAGUGGCUGUUCAGAAUUUGGAAUGGUUUUUUUUUAUAUUCCAUGUCAAAGGUCAUUUCCUCCAAGUCAACCAAUUUGCCACUCCACUGGUCACUGGCUCCUCGCUUUUGUCACAUCUUUAUUUAUUUAGAGUCUUUAUUGAAAAAAAAUGACUGGGUGAUUCAGCCAGGGCACACACAGGGGUAUGGCUAUGGACAUGUGCCCACUACACUAAUGGUUUAGUAGUUUAUUCUCAGCAGUUAUGUUGUUAGCACUCCUUACAGAAGCGUCCGUAACUGAGGCUGCCUUACACACACCUUAUACCCUAACUCUACCACUGAAGUGCCAGUUGUUUUGUCUGGAGAAGAAGAAUAUCACUGUUUUUUUUUUUAUUGAGAAGAUUAUGCUGGAUUUCAACUUGUUUUAUUUGUUUGUUUUGUCUGUUGUUUUCCUUUCUGAAGCCCCAAUCCUGACACAUUGGUAGGUCUAUAGGCAGUUGCAUAAUUUACGAAACAAUUGUGACAAUCAGAAUGAAAAACUACAAUUAUGUGACUACAAUUAUGUGACAAGGACGGGAGGGAGGGGGGUUAGAUAAUUGUAUGUUUUACGUUUAGUGCAGUCAUCUCAAUUCCUUAGGGUGAUGCCCUAUUGAAACGCUACUCUAGUAUACAUAUCAUUGUAUGUAAAAAUGACCAACUUUAGAAUAUAGGUGUGUGACUCAUCCAGUCAGAUGAGCAACUGCAUGAAUUUCUUCAAUAUCAAUGAUUUACUAACAUGUAAUGUCUUAAAGAAAUGAAAUGAAAUGCAGUUCCAUAUUGAGUUAUAAUGAAGUAUAUCAUACACAGGCUGUGUUUUUUUUUUCCUCAUCCUCUGUAACGUGUUCCGUUUAUGGCAACUCCAAAGUGCUUCAGUACAUGAUGUGGUCCACGGCUGCCCUUGGAAUGGGGAUGUGCUCUCUCCAUCUGAAUUCCAGUUAUGUUGCAUGCACACACCUCUGGGGAGCUCAUGAGCAGUGCAUUAUCUGUGAGCAGCUAUAAGGACGAAAUGUGCAGAGUGCUAAGGGUGUGUGUGUGUGUGUGUGUGUGUG